CUCCGCGGUGGUUGAUUCAGAGAAAUCGCCCGAUUUAGAUGCAAAUGAGCGGAAAGCGGCGGUCAUUCAGGCUGCUAUUUAUAACAGUGUUAAGACGGCGGACUUACUGACAUCAGCGGCGCUUAUUAACAUUCAGGGGGGCGCGCUGACGGCUGCUCUGGGGGUUGAUCAUCCAAGCCCGGCUCCGCGUAUGUAUGCGCUGGGAAAGAGACCUCGCAGAGUAACUUCAAACCUUCGCACGCUUGCGAUUUUUAUUAUUGAUUACAAAAGCAAGCUAAAAAAAUACCGAUCGUAGAGGGCAAGUCUAGACCGCCACGGUGGAUAGCAAGAAGUGUUCUUAGAAGUGUAUGGAAGCAAGAGAGCGCAUUUUUGUCGCUGUAAAGGGUGAUCGCUAAAGCGGCCAGGUGCGGAGAGUGGAAGUGGUUUGGAGCGGAAUAAGGAGCGUUUCUUUGGGGGCGUGAGGCUCUUGCGGAGACUUGAUGUUUGCUCUAAGGUCUGACAAAGGCUCGGCCCGAUAGGGUAGACGGGGACUGCGGCUGCGAUGGUCGGCGGCGAAAUGACGGACGCAUUUAAGAAAUAAUUCACUGUCGAGGACCUGCUGCUCCUUUUCCUGUACAUCCAAAGAAGAUCUGCCUCCAUUGUAAGUGUCCACGGGAGGAGCAUGCAGUUGCCGUGAUGCCCCUAGAGAUGGAGAAGACGGUCACCAAGCUGAUGUACGAUUUCCAGAGGAACUCUACGUCCGACGACGACUCAGGAUGUGCUUUGGAGGAAUACGCCUGGGUGCCCCCGGGACUUAAACCGGAACAGGUCCACCAGUAUUACAGCUCAUUUCCGGAAGAGAAGGUUCCGUAUGUGAACAGCCCCGGAGAAAAGCACCGCAUCAAACAGCUCCUGCAUCAGCUGCCCCCGCAUGACAAUGAGGUGCGCUACUGCAACUCCCUGGACGACGAGGAGAAGCGGGAACUCAAGCUGUUCAGCGGCCAGCGCAAGAGGGAAAACCUGGGGCGGGGGAACGUCAGGCCCUUCCCAGUGACCAUGACGGGGACCGUCUGUGAGCAGUGCGGCGGGCAGAUUAACGGGGGCGAUAUUGCUGUGUUUGCAUCACGGGCUGGCCACGGCGUCUGCUGGCACCCCCAUUGCUUCGUGUGCAGCACAUGCGACGAGCUGCUGGUCGACCUCAUCUACUUCUACCAGGACGGCAAGAUUUUUUGCGGCCGACACCAUGCAGAGAGGCUAAAGCCACGUUGCUCUGCCUGCGACGAGAUCAUCCUUGCGGACGAGUGCACGGAGGCAGAGGGUCGGCACUGGCACAUGAGCCACUUCUGCUGCUUCGAGUGCGAGACCGUGCUGGGGGGGCAGCGUUACAUCAUGCGGGAGAGCCGGCCCUACUGCUGCGACUGCUUCCAGUCACUCUAUGCCGAGUACUGCGACGCCUGCGGAGAGCACAUCGGUAUCGACCAGGGCCAGAUGACCUAUGAUGGGCAGCACUGGCACGCCACCGAGAGCUGCUUCUGCUGCGCCCGCUGUAAGCGGUCCCUCCUGGGCCGGCCCUUCCUGCCCAAGCAGGGCCAGAUCUUCUGCUCACGUUCUUGCAGCGCCGGUGAUGAGCUCGAGGGCUCAGAUUCGUGCGACUCUGCUUUCCAGAGCGCCCGCUCCCGAGAGUCGCGCCGCAGCACCAAGGCAGGCAAGAGUGCCGACGGCCCCGAGGCCCGGCAGGCGACCGGGCCGGGCCGCUUCUCGGCCGACAUCGACCCACUCUCGCUGCAGAUGGACCUGCUAAGUGUGUCGAGCCAAACGCCCAGCCUGAGCCGUGAUCCCCCAGCGUGGAAGAGCCGUGGCGAGCAGUAUGUACAGGAGGGCCCCCCCGAGCCGGCACCCAGCCCCCUGCAGCUGCUCAGCCAAUGCAACGUGAGGACGAGCUACGGCGCCACCCUCAGCCCUGGAGGCCCGGCCAACCCACGCUCCCCGGAGCCAGCCGGGUCCAAACGGCCCCCCAUGGGUGCCCUGAAGGGCCGCUCCCUGAAUGAGGACUGGUUCCAUGCGGAGCAGGGCGAUUACUACCCGGCAAAGCUGAAGAGCCAGGCCAGCUUCAACGAUGCCGCCCGCAGCGACUGCCUGGACAAGCGAUCCGUCAGCCUGCAUGGCUUCCAGAGAGAUCCGGAAGCAGGGACCCAGCUGGGCCGCACCCGGACCCCCAUCAGUGCCCUGGGCUUUACAGAGCAGCUCACCCCACUGGAACAGACACCCAGGGGCUCCAUGGAGUCUCUUGCCCUCUCCAACGUGACAGGCACAUCCGUGGAUGGGGGUAGCCGGCGGCAGGAGCACCUGUCCCGCUUCUCCAUGCCCGACCUCAGCAAGGACUCUGGAAUGAAUGUGUCAGAGAAAAGCAAUAUGGGCACCCUCAACUCCUCACUGCACUUCCGCAGCACUGAGUCCCUGCGCAGCCUCGGCUCCGCCCAGCCAUAUUGCAACCCGGAGCUGCGGCCCCCACCACCACCACAGCUGAAGUACCCACCGCACCGCCGAGAGUCCCCGGGCCGGCUCCGCCAGCCCCACGGAUUCCCCUUCCAGGAGGAGGACCGGCGGAGUCUGAUGGGUGGGGCAGGGGUGCGGACUCGGCGGAGGGCUGAAGAGCCGGAGGAGCCUCGCCGGCGCCACCAUCACCGCAGACGCCGGUCCCGCCGUUCGCGGUCUGAUAACGCACUACACCUGGUGGCGGAGCGCCGGGGCCCCACCUUGGAGCGCCCCCUGCUGCGAGUCCAUGAGGACUAUGAUCGGUUUGGGGGGGGGAGGGGCCCUUUUGGCGGGAGUACCCACUUCCGGCAGGGCUCCUACCGACAGUGCCCGCGCACCACAUCGGACUUGACGCUGCAGAACGCGGUUGGUCAUGGGCUUGGGCCCUGCCGCUGGGAUGAGUAUGAGGAUGACUGGUGCUCCACCUGUUCAUCCUCCUCCGAGUCUGACGACGAGGGCUACUUCCUGGGUGAGCCUAUUCCCCGGCCCGUGCACAUGCGCUAUCUGAGUGGUGAGGAGCUGCUCCACAAGUACGCCUCCCCGACCAUAGGGGGCGCCGGUCCGCUGGGGGGCCACGGACAGCUCCAUACACGCAAGCGCAGGAAAAGCAAAAACUGCAUCAUCUCCUGACACCCCCUGCCAUUUCUAUCUGGUACAAAAACAUGUGUAAAGAUCGCUCCGUGGUCCCGCCCCAGAACAACAAGCCAUAACGCCCCGCCGCUUUGUACCGUGAGCCCAGCCAGUGAAUGAUAUUCAGUGAGGUGUCAGUCGACAGCAGUAACUUUGCAUGCUCUUUGUUAACCGUCCCAAUUACUUCUUAAUUAUAUUCCUAACCCGGCACUCUGUUAAAAGGCCAGUGUUAAUCCAACAAACGCAAGAUGCGUGUUCUCCAUACUCAGGCACUGUAAGAGUUUAGUGUAGUCCUGCUUCUCCCAGCUAUGUGUUUACCACUGAAUAAAGCUCUAUGAUGUGUAUAUAAAGAAAUCCCUUAAGUUAAGAAUGUUUUAAUGUAAAUAUGUAAAUGAGGUAUUUUUAUAUUUUGUAUCGAUAGAACCAUUUAUGUAUUAUAUAAUCUAGAAAUGUAGAUGUGCAUGCGUGUCCAUUCACUGAUAAUGUCUUGGCUUGGAAUUAAAGAAUAUUUCAUUGAACAUUUUAAAA